GACCCGUAUCGUUUCUGUCAAGGAAUAUCCGUGAUAUCGUCGAUAUCACUCGUCCUUACCACACGGCUCCGAUUUUUUUGAUAUAUUUUCCUUAUUUAUACGGUAUCCUUUACGCCUCAAUUCGUCUAAAGGCCGCCUACCACGCCGUCUUCCAGCAAUGCUGUGUGUUGCUCUCAGGCUCUGUGUUCUUCUCUAAUGCUGCCCAUAUCUGGAACGACAUCAUCGACAAGCCCUUAGACGCAUAAAACCCACGAACACGCGCACGGCCGAUACCGCGAGGAGCGGUAUCUAUACCAUGGGCCUUGCUAUUCUGUAUGACGCAGGCAUUACUUGCUGCUUCAUGUUUCAGUCUUUUUCCUCAUGCAUACAGUGCAACGUAUGUAAUUCUGGACAUUGUUGUGACGGCAUAUUAUCCAUUCAGCAAACGGCAUUCGAACUACCCGCAAUUUGUUCUAGGAUUUUGCAUCGCGUAUGGCGUGGUUGUUGGUGCUCUAUCAACGGGGAUAGUGCCUAUUACUGCAUGGGGUGGACUCUUCUCAGUGGAUCCGCAGUUGUUGUCUUUGUUUCUCGCAAUCUUGUUCUGGACGGUAAUAUUCGAUACGGUAUAUGCGCACCUAGAUGUUCAUAUUGACGCGCUAAUGGGCGUUGGUAGCACGGCUAUGCGCUUCAGACACUGCGCAAGGAGAUUCCUAGCCACGCAACUUUUUUGUAUGAUUUGUGCACUUGUUGUAUUAGGUGUUGCCGGAGAUUUUGGUGCGGCAUAUGGUUAAUUCGUUGUUGGAGGUUCGUUAUCAUCUUUAGGAUUGUUGUUGUUGCGCGUGGAUCUUGAGAAUUGUGGAAGCUGUUGGUGGUGGUUCGGAACAGGAUUUUGGUACACCGCUGGUGUUUUCUUUACUGGACUGCUGAUAGAGUAUGUCCUAGCUCAGUGACUUAUAUUCGUACUUGCGCAGAGUGUCAUAACUUUAAGUCAUGCCUUUCGCAAGCUCCACCUGUACCAUCCAGGGCUCUGUACUUGCUUGAGAUCAUGUAGCGGAUAGCAGGAAUGCUUUCACCUUAGAAACAGUGCUUGAAUUCGAUGUUGAGUUGCGUCAGAGUGGAGCAAUUGGCGUUUUAGAAAUGACUGCUCGAUGUUAAGAUCGAUGUGUUUAGUUAUGUGAUGAGGAUGUGGAGUUCAUG